GCAUGUGUACACCAGAUAGUUAAUUUUGACAUGUACUCAAGUGUUCAUCAGAUAGCUAAUAUAUUACACUAAAAAAUUGAUGAAGUGGUUUAUACGAAUACAUCAGAUGUAUAUUGAUAACUACGGGAUGGAAACAUUAAGAUGGAUAAGAUAGACAUAAUAAGAACAGGGGAAGAAUAUACCAAUUGGACAAUCGAAAAUCCAAAAACGAAGAAAAAAACAUCGUCGCCAAAAAAGGAAAAGUAAAACAAUAGCUCACAAAACACUACACAGAAAAGCAAGAGACUGAGAGACGAGAAUCCCACAAGAAAACAACAAAAAACUGGAAUUAGACACAGGUGCUCCAGAGAUAUACAUGAUAUGAUGUCAUCUGUUAAAUGGACAACAAGAAUAUCAUUUUAUAUCAGUAGUCAAGAUAAAUGCAUAUACAUUACAAUUCAAAAUCCAACAAAAGAGACGGGUUUCCAUGAAUUCAAAGUACGAUUAGUUGAGCUUGACAAGGAUGAUGAGGAUGUGAAACUUGUAAUAUCUGACAGCACAUCACAGAAUGUAUUCAUAUUUGACAAUUUACAACCAGGUCGAUAUAAAGUUACAGUUGAACCAAAAAAUUGCGACUCCUGUGGUAGAAUUACAACAAGACCUAUAACAAUAGAAAGCAUACCUUCAAAGAACAUAGCAUCAAAUGAAAAACCAGAUACCACUACUGACAGCACCAAGACUACAACUUCGUUGUUAGUUCCACAAACAGGGGAAAUAGUAUCAAAAGAAAUUCUAUAUACCGAAAAAGAAACAACCCUUGGUAAAACUUCUUUAUCAUCGGUACAUGCACAGAACAUAGCAUCUGAUGGAAAGCCAGAUGCCACUACUGACAGCACCCAGACUACAACUUUGUUGUUAGUUCCACAUACAGGGGAAAUAACAUCAAAGGAAAUUCUAUAUACCGAAAAAGAAACAACCCUUGCUAAAACUACUUUGUCAUCGGUACAUGCACAGAACAUAGCAUCUGAUGGAAACUCCUUUACCACUAUUGACAACACCCGUACUGCAGCUUCAUUAAGAUUUGCAUAUACUCGGGAGAUAACGUCGAUGAGUUCAGCUUCAUGGACCAAUCAGAAACCAGGAAUGAUUGUUGGCGCUGUACUUGGAACCUUUUUUGGUUUAUUGUUGGUAUUCGUAUUGGUCUACACUGUGUACAUUAGUAGAAAAAGAAAGCAUGAACUUAGAAAGAUUGAUCCAGACAGGCCUGCCGAAUGCGACGAACCCUCCGAUUCGACCAUUAAAACGUUUGUCAUUAAAGAAACUAUAGACGAUCUCCUCAAAUUACCUAAAGUAUACAUUGUAAAUGCAGAAGACCAUUUACCACAUGUGAAAGCUGUUGAAGCCUUUGCUAAAUUUCUAGAUGUGCAAUGCCACUGCGACGUAAUUUAUACUCCGUGGUGUCUUCGUGAAUAUCUAGAUGAUAAAUUUAAAUGGGUCAUCAACUCAAUUGACAAAGCCGAUUUUGUCAUUAUUGUGAACUCUGACCUAACUUACCAUCAAUUUAAAUCCUGGAAGAACAAGGAAAACAGAUGUGGCAACUCAACAGACCCAAAUCAAACAUUUGAUUUUUUCAUGUCACCAAUCAGUCAAAUAACUGAACGUAUUAUUAAUGUUAACAAUCCUUUCAAAUGCAUAGUUGUACAUUUUAGUUACACUGCUGAUAACUUUACUCUGGACGAGCUAUACACAGGAGCGGACUAUUUGAUUCCCAAACAUAUUCACGAGUUAAUAUGUCAAAUACAUCAGAUGGAUACCCGUCGUGUCGGUUAUUGCAGUAUUGGGUAUUUUGCAGAUCUUUUGUCUUCCACCACAGAAGGGCAAGAUUUUACUAAAUGCAUCGCCACAGCAUCAAAUUUUGAAACACAACGUACCAAUUCGUUGAAUAAAAAUGUUGGAAUCAAUUUGCAGUGUGAAUCUAAUAUUGAUAUUGACUUUAAUUCUUUUGAAAGUGUAAAUUGUAAAAAACCAAGCUAUGAAUCUUUCCUUGAUUACAAUAUAAAUGCACACAUUUCGCCAACUUCGCAUAAUCAAAACAACGUCAUUCAAGGCAACACACUUAGACAGGAUUCAUUCGAAGACAAUAAUGCUGUUGCUAUUACAGAUAUUUUAUAUCACCAAACAUUACAGAACUGUUAUUUAUUGAAUGAUAACUUCAGUUUUAAAGCCCCAAGUGAUACUAACAAUGACGAUGUUUUGAGCCAGAACUUACAUCAACAAAUAUAUGAUCUAAACAAGAGGAUGAUGGAUCCAUGCUACCAAAAUAGUAUGGAGCCUCGCUGCCAACAUGCAGUGUUAAGUCGAGAAGAUGAAGCCAUAAGUUUGGGUGGUCAGAGCGUUUGAAUCUUAAAUUAACUUCUAAAAUGGUUUAAAAUGUUAAUUUGACGUUCUGGUGUACCUUAUUAUAGUCAAUAAAAAUUUGCAACCGUA